AUGGCAGGUUCUACCGCUAUCACACCAAUCCGAACCGGCACUACUCAGUAUAAUCAAGACUGCAUGCUUCAUCCUACACUCCUCCAAAACCCCCUUGAGGGCAGGAACGCCCAUAAUUGGAUACAAACGUUGCCAGCUUUAAGUUUAGGCAAGAAACCAGUGAGACAAAUCGUCGAUCUUCGCCAGCAGGACAGGAAGACUUGCGGAAACUCGUACCGUGGCGGACAUAUACCUUCCUGCGAGUUUAAAUCCAAUGAGUCCCUACGGUCAAAACGCGACAUUGAAAUCAAGCGAAAUUUCGAGCGCUGGGUGCGCCAGCAAGCAGAAUGGCAUUCCGACGCGCACGCCACAUCUCAUCGAUCAAUAAGCUCUUCUAUUACAAAUAGUAUUCCGAGUCCAGACGAGAGAACCAAUAAGGCCAUCCCGUUGUCCACAGUGUGUCUACCUGAACCAUUUCCGCAGCGAUUACCACGGCGUUAUGAGGUCGCCGAUCCCAUGGUGAUAGUUCAGUUGAUCUCAAAUACGCUCGGAAGGCUCACAUUCUUCAAUGAUAUGACAUGCCGCACCAGGUUUGCUGUUACACGUUUUCACUCGAAUAGGGCACCCCAGAUUUCUGCCUGUGAGUACCUUAGACGCUUAACGCAUCGGCUGUGUCUCUCGUCUCCAAUAUUAGUGAUGAUGGUUAUCUAUAUAAGACAACUCUGCAAAACACACCCGUCAUUCGAUGUAUCGAGCCUUACAGCGCAUAGGCUUCUUCUUAGCUGUGCCUUAGUAGCCAGCAAGAGUGUAAGUGACUUUGCCUGGUCCAACCCGUCGUUUGCUUCCGCGGGUGGUAUUUCUGCGGCAGAGAUGGCAAUUUUAGAGUUGGAGCUACUGAAAUAUUUGGAAUGGGGUGUUGCGCCACAUCAGGAACAGCUAUCAGAGUGUUAUCUUGAUCUUGUCCUGGGGAGUAAUGGAUACUUCGCAGAGCAUGGGACGAGCCCAGCUGGACCUCACACUGUCUAA